AUGGGAGAAGAGCGAGUAGGGGAUCUCAGAUACGGACUCGGCACUCUCGACACUCCAGGACUAAACGCUAAAGGCUGGGGACACGCCGAGCCUGGCGUGAGAGGAGUUGCGCGAACUGUCAACUACCGAAGACAAUUAAUACCCAAGCCUAACCCCAUGCGAAGUGUUUUCGAAAGACUUAGGCUGCCCGGCCUCCCCAGCAGGAGGAGGAGGGAAAGCCGUGAGCAGCUGUCUCGUUUUCCGUUGCUCUCGCUCCCGCCCGAAAUUCGCGAGGAGGUUUACCGAUUCUACUUCGGCCCAGAAGCCAUCCACCUGGCCAGUGAUCAGGGAAGAAUCACCAGCUAUCGAUGCAAGCAAACGGAUCCAUCCCCCGUCUCGGAUUGUUGCACGCGACCGUAUUGUAUUGCUUACUUCCAAGCUGCCGCCAGUGAGAACGAUAGGAAUUCGCGAGUAAACACCGCUCUGCUCUACACAUGCAGGCAGAUAUACCGUGAAGCCUCAGCAAUGCUUUACAGGUCGGUGAUUUUCCAGACCAAUGCGAUGGUCACCUGGGUUCUCUUUGCUGGAAUGAUAUCACCCGGGCAUCUGGCAAUGGUUAAAGGGCUGCGGGCUUGUUGGAUAGCUUUACCGUGCUUGACCAUGGCGCCCAUCCCACCCAACGACCCCAGAUACCCUGAAUAUGAACACUACACAGUCUUCAUGGAUGGGCAUUUUCGAGAGUUUUGGGAAAUCCUCGGCAGCAGAAUGUCGGGUCUACAGGAUCUGGGCUUUGUGAUGGACUAUACUGGACAGUUUUUGUCUCGGGCAGUGACGGCAGAAUGGCACCGCCAGCUUACAAAGGUGACGGGCUUAAAGAGGCUCGACCUCCAGAUCUGGGAUACUUUUGGCGGUGCACAAUGGCAGACCGGAAGGGAUGAGGCCAAGGCAGCGGCGGAGAUGGAGGUUCUGAUGGAGUACCUGAAGAAACGAAUGUGCUCGAGAGCUCGCUGUGAAGUGUCGUCGUAA